AUGCCAAAAUUAAGAGCUGCACCAUCAAAGCGUGUGUCAUCAAAAAGGCGUCACAAAAUUGAGCGCAAAAAGCGAGAACACAAGCGGGAUCUGCGGAAAGCAGCCAAGGCACUCAAAAAGAAGGGUCUUGGUCCUAAUCGAGGCAAAAAAGCACAUGAACUAGCUAGGCUAGCUCUAAAAGUGUCGAAUGUGCAUCCCGAUAAGGAGACCAUUCUAAAUCGCGUUUUAAAAACUCGGGAAAAUGCCCGCGUUAUGAAAAGAGAGCACCGAAAAGCUAGCAAUGGGAAUGAGGAUCAAUCACAGGUGAUUGUUACUGAUGCAAAGCCAAGUAACCGCCGACAAGUUUUGUUUAUACCGAUGUUGAGAUCAAAUGACUUUAAGUUUCAGUUUUUGAGAUCAUUGUCAGCCUUAGUUUUCCCUUCCAGUGAGAGUGAAAAUAUUGAGUGCAGCUCUUUCGAGGUCCCUUCUGCAGCAUAUAUCAUCACAUUGGACUCACGUUGUGCUGUACAGGCAAUUCCGUGGACACUCAUCGAUUCGAUUGUUACUGCCGCUAAAUCAUACAGGGGUGAGCGAAAAGUGUUGCUUUUGUUUGUCUUGACAAAAGUAGACCUUGUUUCUUCUCAGGCUGUUGUAACUCAGAUUUGUUUACUAGCUACUUCAUUGAAGGCUAGAUAUCCUCAAGGAUUUGGGGAGAAUCUUGUGAGUACGAUUACGCCUUUCUCCGUUCGUGAUGAGCGAACCGGGCGACACCUCCUUCGUAUUCUCCAUCAAUUCCGCCAGAGUGAGGGGUGUCAUUCAAAAAAAAUGAGGUCGAACUUGGAUAACAAGAUAUGUGCUUUUGUCAUUGGGUUACCAUGCACAGGUCGACGAAGUCUCUGCCGUUCUCUUGCAAGCGAAGUAAACGAUACAAGUCUUAGUGUGGUUCCCAUGAGGGCUGCGCAACUACAGAUGACUAAAGGAUAUUCAGAUGAUGAUAAGGAGAACCUGUAUCUAAAGUUUGCCCUUCCCAACGCAAAGGCUGUGACUCUGGUCCAGUUUCCAGAGGAUAUUAAAAUUCGUAAGGAGCUACAGAAUGCCACUGGCGGUGAUGUGUUCUUUCGUCCCGUGACUUUCAUAGACAAGAUUUCUGAGCCAGAAGUGAUUGGUUGCGUCUUGUUCGAAGGUAUAUUAGAUAAGCUGAAUCUUUCCCAGGCGUUUUGUCAGCCCUUACCCACGUCUCCCCAAAACGGCUCUAGUAGUCAUAAGAACAAUUUUGUCGUUGCCAAACGAUUUCUCCUUAACUUAGGGCGCACAGUGCGUCGUGUAAAGGGUUUCUAUGUCUCUCCUUUAUUUGUGAUGGGAAGUGGUACAAUGGGAAAAUUGUCUAGCAGUUCACUCACUGCUAACGUGGUCUUCACAUCUGCUCAGGACAGAAGUCGAGACACCCUAUUGGAUGCUACCUACAGCAACGCGACUCCUAACAAGCUUGUUCGCAUUUCCUCUUUCCAGACACCAACGCAUGGACAUCAUAAAAGGAACCUUAGGGCAGGACGACUAGACACGCACAAUAUCCUUCGUUUGGGAUCUAGAGUGUUUAUUCGAGAGCUUUGGGAAGGAAAACAUGCCCCAUGGGCAGUUAUGCGUUUUCCCGGUAAGCAAGCCGUCACACUUGAGCAAGUUAGCGAUGACUCGACGAUAUUUAAUCUUGCUCUUUGCGGAGGCCACAAGCUGGCCUCUAUAGAUGGAUACGAAGGUGAGAAAUACUUGAAUGGUCUCAUCCACGAGCUGUCGAAGGUUCUAAAGGAUAUCCUGACUUUCUUACCAAAUGUUGUCAUUGAGAUGGAUCCAGAUUACAUUGUGCCGCCCCAAUAUGAUCUAGAUGAAAACUCUGACAACGGGGAGGAAGAGGCCAAUGAUUUUAAGGAUAAAGAGGAAGGGUAUGAGGAUGAUUCAGCUUUAAAGACUGAUGAUGAUGAUAACACAAGUGAGUAA